AUGUCAUCACUGAUCGCAAAAACAAAGCACUGCUCGAACCUCGUAAGCCUGGAGCAGCGUGAGGAGGUCCGGAAUUUGACCGAGAUAUGGAAUGGGGGAAAUCUUGAGAGCAGAAGAUGCAGUUUGGAGUACAAGUUUUAUGGCGCCAAUGGUCGGCUUCGUUCAUCACCAGCCGAGCCAGCUGGUGUUGGUGACAUCGAGUCUGACGGGGGGGGCGGAUCUAUCUCCAUACCUGCACGCCUGAGUCGCGUUUGGAGGAUCGAGUUCGUAUCGUGGACUGUCGACGGCAAAUCCUCAGGUGAUGAAGGAACGGACGGGCUCGGCACAUAUCCCCCCGGACCUGACGCGCUUGAUGGGUUGGGAUCAGGGCUUUCGCGUAAAGGCCUUCCCAUAUGUUGCCCUAGGGACGCCCGCUGGUUUGAAGCCUCGGAACGGCUAGAGGGCCCCAAACUAGCCCGAGUCCUGGGAGGCCGAAGCUGGAAUCCUCCUGGUCCAUGGGACUCUGCUGUCCGAGCUCUGACGACACGAAUCUCGGGAAUCCGAAGUGGAGAAGUCGGGGGCUGUGACAGAUGCUGA